AUGACCAAACCUGCGAAACCCGCAGCGGCGCCAGCUAAGGUCCUCUUUCUCGACGGUGUCCGCGGACUGGCUGCGAUUCUGGUCGUGAGCCAGCACUCGCGCGAGUAUCUGCACGAUCUGGACUUGGGCGCGUGCGCUGUGGACACCUUCUUCGUGCUCUCAUCGUUCCUGCUGACGAUGCUCUUCAUGAAAAAGAGCAUCCGGAUGCUGGCGCAGAACGCGAGCUACCGGAAGUGGGCCUUCAGUCUCGCGGACUACUUCUCCAAGCGAUUCUUCCGCGUGUACCCGCUCUUCGCAACCGUGGUCUUUAUCGUGUGGCUACUCCCGUACGAGGACCAGAAGAAGUACUUCCUCGUCAAGGAGCGCGGCCACUUCGACCUGUUCAAGGUGCUCACGUUCAGCUUCCCGCACCGCUACUUCGUCUUCUGGACGCUGCCGCUGGAGAUCUCUUACUACUUCUGCCUGCCGGUCUUCGUACUGGGUGUGCUCAACCUGCGACGCUUCUGGUGGGUGCCCUUCGUUCCGCUCUACAUGUGGAUCGUUUACGCGGGCUGGCACGAGCGUCGGUCGAGCCACUCGCCACUCAUGCCGCACUUCCCCACGUUCCUCGCUGGAUCCAUGGCUGCUGCGCUGUAUGUGAAGCUUGACAUGUGGAUGAAGGCGACGGGAUUCGAGUUCACCAAACUGCACAAGGUCGCGAUCCGAGCUGUCGAGUAUGCCGCAGUCGCGUUGAUCCUCAGUGUGUGCUUCCGCAGGAACUCAACCCCCGGCCACCCUGCAGAGCCCACGAUGCUUUUCCACUGGGUGCACCAGCGCGAGCACGAUGAAGGAGGCUUCCCUUUCAUUAGUGUGCCGGUGACGCUGGUCAUCGUGAUCGAGAUGCUCCUUCCGUCUUGCAUCUCGGCGAUGUUCGAGUGGAGCGUGCUUCGAUACUGGGGCAAGAUCAGCUUCUCGGUGUAUCUGCUCCACAGCUUCGUGCUCUUCAGCGACAUCUACGGCAAAGACCCCAACAUGUACUACGACCGCUUGUUCAUCCGAUUCGGCUUGAUCCUGUUGCUCUGCACGGCCUCGUAUCACUUGGUGGAGUAUCCUUCGCAGCUGCUAGCGCAGCGGAUUACCCGAGCACUUACUGAGCAAGAAGCCAAGGGCCCUGGAAGCCUGACCCUCCCGUUCCCCUUCGACACCAAGCGCAGCUUCUUCCGUGCUCCCCACACGACUCAAAUUGCCUAA